GGUUCCGCGGGGGGGGGGUGCCCGUCCCGCCGCCGCGGCCCCGCCGAGCCAUAAAGCCCAUGGGGAGCCGGCCGGGCUGAGCACGGCGGGACCCGCGACCCCCCCAGCAAGAUGACGUCCUCCACCAAGGUGUACUACAGCCAGACCACGCAGACCGACAGCCGCCCGCUGAUGGGGCCGGGGCUGCGGCGGCGCCGCGUGCUGACCAAGGACGGCCGCAGCAACGUGCGCAUGGAGCACAUCUCGGACAAGCGCUUCCUGUACCUCAAGGACCUGUGGACCACCUUCAUCGACCUCCAGUGGCGCUACAAGCUCCUGCUCUUCUCCGCCACCUUCGCCGGCACCUGGUUCGCCUUCGGCGUGGUCUGGUACCUGGUGGCCGCGGCGCACGGCGACCUGCUGGAGUUCGAGCCGCCCGCCAACCACACGCCGUGCGUGAUGCAGGUGCACACGCUGACCGGCGCCUUCCUCUUCUCCCUCGAGUCGCAGACCACCAUCGGCUACGGCUUCCGCUACAUCAGCGAGGAGUGCCCGCUGGCCAUCGUGCUGCUCAUCACCCAGCUGGUGCUGACCACCAUCCUGGAGAUCUUCAUCACCGGCACCUUCCUGGCCAAGAUCGCGCGGCCCAAGAAGCGCGCCGAGACCAUCAAGUUCAGCCAGAACGCGGUGGUGGCGCAGCACGACGGCAAGACCUGCCUGAUGAUCCGCGUGGCCAACAUGAGGAAGAGCCUCCUGAUCGGCUGCCAGGUCACCGGGAAGCUGCUGCAGACCCACCUCACCAAGGAGGGCGAGAGCGUCCGGCUCAACCAGCUCAACGUGGACUUCCAGGUGGACACGUCCUCGGACAGCCCCUUCCUCAUCCUGCCGCUGACCUUCUACCACGUGGUGGACGAGGCCAGCCCGCUGCGGGACGUGUCCCUGCGCUCGGGGGACGGCGACUUCGAGCUGGUGGUCAUCCUCAGCGGCACCGUGGAGUCGACGAGCGCCACGUGCCAGGUGCGCACGUCCUACCUGCCCGAGGAGAUCCUGUGGGGCUACGAGUUCACGCCGGCCAUCUCGCUGUCGGCCAGCGGCAAGUACGUGGCCGACUUCAGCCUCUUCGACCGCGUGGUCAAGGUGGCGGCGCCCUGCUGUCACCACGAGGCCGUGCGGUUCGGGGACCCCGAGAAGGUCAAGCUGGAGGAGUCGCUGCGGGAGGCGGAGCGGGACGGGGAGGGGGCCCCGCUCAGCGUCCGCAUCAGCAACGUCUGAGGGGGGACGGAGAGGUGACGUCGGCACCGGGGUGACGUCGGCACCGGGGUGGCGCCGGGGCGAGGGUGGCACCGGCCCCGAGGUGGCACCGGAGCAAGGGGGUGGCGGCGGAUGGUGGAGGUGUCGCCGUGUCUGGAGGUACCGCCAGGUUCAAGGGGAUGCCAACAUCUGGGGGUGCCACCAGGCCCAAAGGGACACCGACAUCUGGGGGUGCCACCAACAUCUGGGGGUGUCACCAGGCCCAAAGAGACACCAACAACUGAGGGUGCCACCAACAUCUGGGGGUGCCACCAACAUCUGGAGGUGUCACCAGGCCCAAAGGGACAGCAACAUCUGGGGGUGCCACCAGCCCCAAAGGGAUGCCAACAUGUAGGGGUGCCACCAACAUCUGGGGUGCCACCAGCCCCAAAGGGACAGCAACAUCUGGGCGUGUCACCAGCCCCAGAUAGACACCAACAACUGGGAGUGUCACCAGCGCUGGAGAUGCCACCAGCCCUGGAGAUGUCACCAAUGCCUGGAGAUGCCACCAGCCCCAGAGUGUCACCAAGCCUGGAAGUGUUGCCAGGUUUGGAGUUUUCACCAGUUUCAAUGGGACACCAAGGUCUGGAGGUGCCACCAGCCCCAGAACUGCCACCAGCCUCUGGAGGUGUCACCAGCCCUGGUGGUGUCACCAGUCCUUGGAGAUGUCACCAACAUCUGGAGGUGCCACCAGCCCCAGAGUGACACCGGUGUCUGGAGGCAUCACCAGAGCUUGAAGGUGACACCAGAGCCUGGAGGUGCCACCAGCCUUGAGGUGACACCAACAUCUGGGGGUGACACCAGCCCUGAGGUGACACCAAUCCCAAGAUGCCACCAAUGCCUGGAGGUGCUACCAGGUCCUGAAGGUACCACCAGCCCCAAAGUGUCACCAACACCUGGAAAUGCCACCAAUGCCUGGACGUGUCGCUAACCACUGGAGGUACCACCAACAUCUGGAAGUGCCACCAGCCCCAAAGUGUCACCAACGCCCAGAAGAGCCACCAGCCAAGAUUCCACCAAUGCCUGGAAGUGUCACUAAGCCCUGGAAGUGCCACCAUCUGGAGGUGUCACCAAGCCCUUGAGGUGACACCAGCCUCAAAGUGCCACCAACCCCUGGAGAUGCCACCAUGCCUGAAGGUGCCACCAAUCCCAAAGUGCCACCAAUGCCUGAAAGUGCCACCAACCCCUGGAGAUGCCACCAAGCCCUGGAGGUGCCACGAGCCCUAAGAUGGCACCACUCCCUGGAGGUGACACCAGUCCCUGGUGCCCCAAAGUGCCACCAACCCCUGGAGGUGACACCAGCCCCGAAGUGCCACCAAUGCCUAGAAAUGCCACCAAGCCCUGGAGGUGCCACCAGCCCCCAGGGCGCUGCUGCUCCCCACCCUGCCAGGGGAAACUGAGGCAGGAGACCCUCCCAACACCCCCCCCCAAGCGCUGGACCCCCCUCCCGUGUCCCCCCCCCCCCCCCCCACUCCGGGCAGUGUCGGGGGGUCCCCCCGGGGUGUCACCGAUAAUCGGCCACCGUGUCCCCUCCCCUCCCCUGGGCCGGGGUCCCCUCGCCCCCCGCCCGUCGCUGCUGCUUAACGUAGACCCCGCAAUUAACGCGGCCCCCCCGCGCCGGGGCAAUUAGUGCCACUAAUUAAAGGUGUCGGUAAUGAGGAAGGAGCGGGACCCCCCCCCCGGGACCCCCCAAAGCCGCCCCUCCCCCCCCCCCCCGGGGGGGGCCCGAGCUCGGUUUGGGGGCGGGGGGGGGGAGGGGCAGGAGUUCAAUAAAGGUGACGUCGAUGGUG